AUGUGUCCUUUGGCCACCAUUUUGCAUUGGUCAGAGUUCACCUCCGGGGGUGGCCACGCCCUUGCACUUCGAGGGCAUGUGCGUGAGGGCCAAGCAGGCGCUGCAGUGCUUGCCUCGUGCCUCAAAAGCAACAAGGAAACUGAGGCAGGAGGCACGGAACAAAAUGCGUGGGGCCUGAGUGGGGAGAGCGGUUUUGUCCUACCCAUGACCAAGCUGAGGAAGGAGCGGAGCCGCCACGAGACCCUUCGGCAGUGGUGGCUGGAGCCGCAGCAGGAGCAGCCGUGCAACAUGGGCCCAGCCGUCGAGGAUCAGCACAAGCAGUGUCCAGGGCCACGCCAGGCACACGGCAAGGUGGUUCUGGACGUUGGUUGCGGAUCUGGAAUACUGUCAUUUUUUGCUGUUCAGGCUGGAGCUAGGAGAGUGUAUGCUGUUGAAGCCAGUUCAGUAGCACAAUAUGCGGAGAUGCUGGUGAAAAAUAACCACCUUUCCGACAAGAUCAUUGUUGUGCCAGGGAAAAUUGAAGACAUCUCUCUUCCUGAGGCUGUGGAUGUGAUCAUUUCCGAACCGAUGGGAUACAUGCUCUUCAAUGAAAGGAUGCUGGAGAGUUACCUUCAUUCCAAAAAAUGGCUGAAAGCGAAUGGAAUGAUGUUCCCGACAUUCGGCGACAUCCACUUGGCCCCCUUUUCUGACGAACAGCUCUACAUGGAACACUACUCCAGAGCCAACUUUUGGUACCAGCACUGCUUCUAUGGGGUCAACCUGUCGAGCCUCCGGGCGGCUGCAGCGGACGAGUAUUUCAGGCAGCCGAUAGUAGACACAUUCGACAUCAGGAUUUUGAUGGCUCGGACAGUCAAAUACACAGUCAACUUCAUGGACGCCGAAGAGGCAGAUCUCCACAGAGUAGAAAUCCCCUUUGUGUUUCAGCUGACGCAGUCUGGCCUCGUCCACGGCCUGGCGUUCUGGUUCGACGUGGCCUUUGUGGGAUCUCUGGUAACUGUUUGGCUGUCAACAGCCCCGACUGAGCCUCUGACCCACUGGUAUCAGGUGCGGUGCCUUCUUCACACUCCUCUCUUCGCCAGAGAAGGAGAGACCCUCUCGGGGAAAGUGCUGUUUGUAGCCAACAGACGACAGAGCUAUGACAUUCAGAUUGUGGCACUGGUAAACCAGACAGGCUUCAGAUCUGGGAACAUCCUCGAUUUAAAGAAUCCUUUCUUUAGGUUUGCUUAGAAGAUAGCCACAAGCCAAUCGAUAAGUAAAAUGAAGACCUGAGAAGUCCCUCAACACCGAAGUUCAUAUUUCGUGUUCCAAAUAUGCACUCUAAAUUUUACAAGGAUGAUUAGGUUGAUUUGAAUUCGUAUUUUUUUCCUAAAUAUAAAAUGUGCAUCCUCAUUUUAUUGACAAGUCUACUUCUCGGUGCUUCUUAGACUGGCUUUUUACAGCUUUCUGCAUAUAGCUGAAGAAGAA